CGGCGGCGGCGGCGGCGGCUGCAAGUUGGGCUGCAGGGGCAGCGCAUACACUACAAUGGCUGCUGGAAAGAGGCGUAAGGAAACAAUUUCCAGGCCCGCCGCGUCCAGCCCGAAAUAUGAGAAAAAAAUUAUUAGAAAUUCCGCGGGCGGCGUAGAGGCGGCGGACGGGCCGGAGGGAGGAUGGUGAAGCCCCGCGGUUGCCGCUUGGUGCUGCAUUGGCCGUACUUGGCACCCGGAAUGCUUCACUCUCUGAUGAUGUAUUGAUAAGGUUCCCUUGCUAGAGUCUGAAGCAGGGUCUCCAGAUUGGCCAAAAUGGGAAGGACUGGAUUCCACUCUCUUCCACAAAGAGUCAAUGGAACGGGCUAAGAUCAAGGUCUGAGGCCUUUCCCAUCUGCCAUCAGUCCCUUUUUGCUUUCUUUUCCGACCACAUGAAACUUGAGACGUCACCUAACGCUAAAUCACUUAGUGGAGUUGGGCGGUCCCCAAGUGUCCAACAAGAAGGCCUGCUUUAGGCCGCGAUGGCCACUGUCAUUCCUGGUGACUUGUCAGAAGUGAGAGAUACCCAGAAAGUCCCUGCAGGGAAACGUAAGCGCGGUGAAACCAAACCCAGGAAAAACUUUCCUUGCCGGCUGUGCGACAAGGCCUUUAACAGUGUUGAGAAAUUAAAGGUACACUCGUACUCCCACACGGGGGAGAGGCCCUACCAGUGCACGCACCGGGACUGCAGCAAGGCCUUUGUCUCUAAGUACAAAUUGCAAAGGCACAUGGCCACCCACUCUCCCGAGAAAACCCACAAGUGUAACUAUUGCGAGAAAAUGUUCCACCGCAAGGACCACCUGAAGAACCACCUGCACACGCACGACCCCAACAAGGAGACGUUCAAGUGCGAAGAGUGCGGGAAGAGCUACAACACCAAGCUGGGCUUCAAGCGCCACCUGGCCCUGCACGCGGCCACCAGCGGCGACCUCACCUGCAAGGUGUGCCUGCAGGCCUUCGAGAGCACGGGCGUGCUGCUGGAGCACCUGAAGGCCCACGCCGGCAAGGCGUCGGGUGGCGUCAAGGAGAAGAAGCACCAGUGCGAGCACUGUGAGCGGCGCUUCUACACGCGCAAGGACGUGCGGCGCCACAUGGUGGUCCACACGGGCCGCAAGGACUUCCUGUGCCAGUACUGCGCCCAGCGCUUCGGCCGCAAGGACCACCUCACGCGCCACAUGAAGAAGAGCCACAGCCAGGAGCUGCUCAAGGUCAAGACGGAGCCCGUGGACUUCCUGGACCCGUUCACGUGCAACGCCGUGUCGGUGCCCAUCAAGGACGAGCUGCUGCCCGUCAUGGCCCUGCCGUCCAGCGAGCUGCUGGCCAAGCCCUUCCCCAACACGCUGCAGCUGAACCUCUACAACAGCGCCUUCCCGUCCGUGCCCGGCUCGGGCGCCGCCCACCAGAUGAUCACCACGCUGCCCCUGGGGGUCACCUGCCCCCUGGACAUGGACGCCGUGCACCCGCCCCACCACCUGGCCUUCAAGUACCCCUUCGGUUCUACCUCAUACGCCAUCUCCCUCCCGGACAAGGAGCAGCCGCUGAAGGGCGAGCUGGACAGCUACCUGAUGGAGCUGCCGGCCGCCGCACCCUCCUCCUCCUCCACCUCCUCUUCCUCCUCCUCCUCCUCCUCCUCCUCUUCCUCCUCCUCCUCUUCCUCCUCCCAGGACGCGCAGGCCUCGGUCCCCGCCAAGGCGGGCCCCGAGCCCCCGGGCGCAUCCUCCGAGGAGGCCGCCGGGGAGCUGGCCCUGUCCAAGAGCUCUCUCUCCAUCGGCGACCCCCUGGGAACGCCGGCGCUGGACUUCUCGCAGCUGUUCAACUUCAUCCCGCUCAACGGCCCCCCCUACAACCCGCUGUCCGUGGGCAGCCUGGGCGUGGGCUACUCCCAGGAGGAGGCGGCCUCGCCCGGGACCCCGCUGCCCGCGGCCAGCCAGGAGCUGCCGGAGGCGGCCAGCACACUGGGCCUUGGGCCCCUGCACUCGCUGUCGGCGGCCUUCGGCAGCAGCCUGGGCACCAGCACCACGCUGCCCCGCUUCCACCAGGCCUUCCAGUGAC